AAAAUCAUAUCCUCUCUAUUCACAUACAAAUUUAUUCUCCUAGAGACACUUCUAUCAUCCUCCUGUUUGUCUCUUCUUUCUCCCCGCUUCUCCUAUACCUCACUUUUAACGAGUUUCUUUGACCCCUCUUCACGAACCCCUCAUCACACAUAUCACACAUACACACAAUGGCCCCCGCUGUUGGUAUUGAUCUUGGAACCACCUACUCCUGUGUGGGUGUCUUCCGUGAUGACCGCAUUGAUAUCAUUGCCAACGACCAGGGUAACCGCACUACACCCUCUUUCGUUGCCUUCACCGACACCGAGCGUCUCAUCGGUGAUGCCGCCAAAAACCAGGUCGCCAUGAACCCCCACAACACUGUCUUCGAUGCUAAGCGUCUGAUCGGUCGUCGUUUCGGCGAUGCUGAGGUCCAGGCUGAUAUGAAGCACUGGCCCUUCAAGGUCGUUGACAAGAGUGGCAAGCCCAUCAUCGAAGUGGAGUUCAAGGGCGAGACCAAGCAGUUCACUCCUGAGGAGAUUUCCUCCAUGGUCCUGACUAAGAUGCGCGAAACUGCUGAGGCCUUCCUCGGCGGUACCGUGAACAACGCAGUCAUCACUGUCCCUGCUUACUUCAACGACUCCCAGCGUCAGGCCACAAAGGAUGCUGGUCUCAUUGCCGGUCUGAACGUUCUCCGUAUCAUCAACGAGCCUACUGCUGCCGCCAUUGCUUAUGGUCUUGAUAAGAAGGUUGAGGGUGAGCGCAAUGUGCUCAUCUUCGAUCUUGGUGGUGGUACCUUCGAUGUCUCCCUGCUCACCAUUGAAGAGGGUAUCUUCGAGGUGAAGGCCACCGCAGGAGACACUCACCUGGGAGGAGAGGACUUUGACAACCGUCUGGUGAACCACUUCGUCACUGAAUUUAAGAGAAAGCACAAGAAGGAUCUUUCCACAAACGCCCGUGCUCUCCGCCGUCUCCGCACCGCUUGCGAGCGUGCCAAGCGCACCCUGUCCUCUGCUGCCCAGACUUCCAUUGAGAUCGAUUCUCUUUUCGAGGGCAUCGACUUCUACACCUCCAUCACCCGUGCCCGUUUUGAAGAACUCUGCCAGGACCUCUUCCGUGGUACCAUGGAGCCUGUCGAACGUGUCCUCCGCGAUGCCAAGAUCGACAAGUCUUCCGUCCAUGAGAUCGUGCUCGUCGGUGGUUCCACCCGUAUCCCCAAGAUCCAGCGCCUCGUCUCCGACUACUUCAACAAGGAGGCCAACAAGUCCAUUAACCCUGAUGAGGCUGUUGCCUACGGUGCUGCCGUUCAGGCUGCCAUUUUGUCUGGUGACACUUCCUCCAAGUCCACCAACGAGAUUCUGCUUCUCGACGUCGCCCCUCUGUCCGUCGGUAUUGAGACCGCUGGUGGUGUCAUGACUCCCCUUGUCAAGCGAAACACCACCAUCCCCACCAAGAAGUCCGAAACCUUCUCCACUUACUCCGACAACCAGCCUGGUGUCCUGAUCCAGGUCUACGAGGGUGAGCGUGCCCGCACCAAGGACAACAACUUGCUCGGCAAGUUCGAGCUCACCGGUAUCCCCCCUGCUCCCCGUGGUGUUCCUCAGAUCGAGGUCACCUUCGAUCUUGACGCCAACGGUAUCAUGAACGUCUCCGCUGUCGAGAAGGGUACCGGUAAGACCAACAAGAUCACCAUCACCAACGACAAGGGCCGUCUCUCCAAGGAGGACAUUGAGCGCAUGCUUGCCGAUGCCGAGAAGUACAAGGCGGAGGAUGAAGCCGAGGCUGCCCGUAUUCAAGCCAAGAACGGCCUUGAGUCCUACGCUUACUCUCUCAAGAACACUAUCAGUGAGGGUCAGCUCCAGAUCAGCGAGGACGACAAGAAGAAGGUCAGCGACAAGAUUGACGAGGUCAUUAGCUGGCUCGACAACAACCAGACCGCCGAGAAGGACGAGUACGAGUCCCAGCAGAAGGAGCUUGAGGGUGUUGCCAACCCCAUCAUCUCCGCUGCUUACGCUGCUGCUGGCGGCGCUCCUGGUGGCGCUGCCCCUGGGGCUGGUGCCGCUCCUGGUGGCGGCGCUGGGUUCCGCAACGACGGUGUCGUUGAGGAGAACGAGGAGCUCGACUAAAUGCUUUAACGCACUUGGUUCUGUUUUCUUCCCAGGCGUCUUAAUACCUUCUCUUUCUCAGGUUUCUUUGUGUUAAUCUUAUGUUUUUGUUCCUACCUUACGAGAUUAUGGGGGUUUCUUGCGCAUGACAGCAUAGAUUUUAGUUGCGUUAUAUGAUGACCGCUACGCAAAUGGGAGCGAAAAGUUCCGGAUUCAAUGAAGACUAAUAUUUCAAUAUUCUCUGUCCCUUCUGUAAAUCCUUGUAUUCUACAAAAGCAUUUUUCCCGCCACAUGGGAGCUAUACGUGCAAGUCAAUCCAUCGAACAAUAACUGUAAAGGAGAAUUAGGUAAAUCAUUUCUUCACGCCAGCACUCGCGACUGUAGAACCAUCAAACUCCCCUGAC